UGGGCGUGCAAGGAAUCACAAGCCGCAUGACAUCACACAGAGGGCCGUGAAUUCGUAAGCACGAGUCCGAGGCCAUGGUGAAUGUUCUCUGGGGCGUGGCUGCCAUGAAACUGGACGGCGAAAAUACAGCGGCAGAGGUCCUGGCGAAGUUUCGGGAGGCCAUGCAGCUACAGGAUUGGAACGAGGCUGGCAAGGGCAUGAACUUGUACCGCUUGGUACCGGUGACUGACCAUGUCAUCCGACUUGCAGAGCAGGAGCAGCUGCUGGUGCACCUGCCAGGGUCGGCGAUGAGCUGUGCUGCCAUUGAGGAGGUCUACCAACAGCUGGAGGACGCGGAGCUGCGGUACGAGCGCAGCAAGGAGUCUGUGAUGGCGCUGGUUGACGCGUUGCGUUCCAGAGAGGCGCCCAGUGAGAAGACUGAGGUGAAAGAUGUGCAGCGCUUGCGGCAGGAGAACUCCACACUCAGGCGCCAGCUGGAGCUGAGCGAGUACUCGCGCAGGGUGUCGGAGCAACGCUCGCUGAGCACCGAGGAGUGUCAAGCCUCCCUCAUGCGCGAGCUCGUGCUGGCCCGCCAGGAGGUUGAGGCUUUGGUUACACCACGCCGGCCAAUACAACGCGUGCCAGCUGCCCCACUUUCCUUGAGUGCCUGGGAUGGUGCGCCGCCCUUUGUGCCUAUACCCAGCAUGCCGUGUCCUGGCACUGUGCCACCGGCACAUCAUCAACUUGCCGGUUGCCACCAUACCAACUCACAACCAGGAAGCAACCCAUGCACGCCGCGCGUGCCGCAGCUGAGGCUGCCUUUAAGGACGCAGACUGCUGGACCUCCAAUGACCUUCCAGACUCAGAGCUGUGUCGCCCGCCCUGGCAGCGUCUUCAAUGUCAACUCUGCGCUGGUUGAGAGGACGAUGCGGGACCCGAUGCGGGAGCCGAUGCUGGGGACUAUGGAGGCGCCUCAGCAGGCCUGCAUGUCUGUCGGAGUCACAGCUGCAGCGGCAGCAGCCGCAGCUGCUGGGCGCGGUACUCCAACCAGCAAGGUGAAAGCCAGCCCCUUGCGGAUGGCGCCGCCACGGUAGGUACGAAUGGUAAAUGCCUUUGCGAAUGCAAAUGAUGC